AUGGCUCAAGAAGAUUAUAAUCUGGACAUGAACACAGAGUCUGUGCAGUUAACCUACUCAUUACCAGAAGCAAUGAUGCAACAAAUGGCUUCAGACACCCCUCCUAUUCAUGUUACAAGUGAUCGACAACUUCAGAACUUGCUCAAAGAAACUAAAACGCAUGAAUUACGUCUUUGUGUAUCAAGCCUUAGCAAGAUGAGAACGGUUUCAGAGGAAGGGGAAGAAGAUGAUGAAAGGGAGGAAGCUGAUGAGAAGGAUGAAGAUAAUGAUGAUUUGACUGAAGAUGAAAAUCAUGAUGGGGAAGAGGAUGCUGAUAUCCAUGAUGUUGCUGGAGCGGUUGAUGAUGAUGAUGAUGAUUACAGUGAGUAUGUAAAGGUUAAAGAUGUGGAUGAGGAAGAGGAUGUUGAUAUGUGUUUUGAAGAUUUCAAAGGGACAUGUUGGUAG